AUGCAUGACAUCGAGUUGAUUGAUGACGAAAGCAUGCUGAAUGUUUCUGAAACAAAUUGUUUGUGGGGUAAGGCUGCCCUAGAAAUAAGAGAGGGACUGCGUUUCUCUCAGGAUGCAUCUGACGGUGGGGAAGCUGAUUCAGAGGAGAAUCUCCGACAGCGUCUUUUCAAAGACAAUCUUUGUGUUGAUCCCAAAAUAUGCGCUCUGACUGUUUUGCAUUUUCCUCAUCAACAUACUGCAGAGAUAUCAGAUAACUCUUACAUACACGAUGAUCCAAUAAGCGAGAAACGCUCACCUGUUAUUGCACGAUAUGAUCCGGCUUUCAUCCUGCGAUUCUCACUACACUCAUUGUCCAUGGGAUUAAUCGAACCUGUGGAAUUCGCCAGUUUAGGCUUGCUUGCGGUUGCGUUUGUGAGCAUGUCUUCAGCAGAUCUUGGGAUGCGAAAAUUGGGCGAUGCAACUCUUGGGAGAUUUUUAAAAGCCCUUAAGUGUUGUUGGAUGAAGAAGCAUGUAAAGGAUGGACUUAUGCUUCUACUGUCGUAUGUACAAAAUGGAGUUGAGGAGCCAUGGCAAAGAAUCCCAAGUGUUUCUGCUGUUUUUGCCGCUGAGGCAUCUCUGAUAUUGUUGGAUUCUUCUCGCAAACAUUAUGUUCCCAUAAUUGAAUUUUUGAAGAGAUCAGAUCCACUGAUGCUGAGGGUGGGAAUACCUUUGUUUCCUGAUUUUUUCGAAAGCAGCGCUGUUGUACAGAGGCUUUGGGUACUUCGCCUAAUAUAUGCGGGCUUGAAAUCAGAAGACGAUGCUCAAAUUUACAUUAGAAACUCUGUCCUUGAGAGAUUGAUGAGGUUUUCCUCAACUCCUCUCACUGAUGCUGAAACUAAAGGACUAAUCCUUGAGGUUGUGAGAAAGUCUGUCAAAUCUCAUAAGAUGGCCCGACAUCUAAUUAGGAACUGUUAUCUGUUAUCGUGGUGUUCAUCAUUUAUUUCAAUGUUUACUACGAAGCUGCCCAUUGGAGAUGAUGAAGAGUUGCGCUUUGUCGUUGUCUUGGAGAUCAUAUCUGAUGCACUCGCCUCCAGAAACAUUUCAGAGUGGUUGCAAAGAAUUGCCCUCGAAGAGCUAAUGGAAAUCUCAUCGCGUUUAUACAGACUUUUAGGUGGUGGAUUGGUAUCAAUACGAGAAAAUAGUGCUUCGGUUGAUUUGAUUUUGCAGAUACUAUAUGCUACUCUAAAGAUAUCACAGCAACGAGAAAUGUUCCAGCCACAUUUCACCAUCACAAUGGAGGGGAUAUUCCAGCUCUUUGAGGCUGUUGCUAAUUGCGAUUCUCCUCAAUUUGAAGCUAGUGCAGAGCGUGGGCUUGAUACCAUACUAAUGAGCACCCCUCCAAUUGGCAUUAUAUGCAUGGACGUGGACAAGCUGAGAAGGUUUCUUUUGUGGGGAACCUCCACAGCCUUGAGGAUUGACUGUAAAAAGGGAUCCAAGCCUAGUGAGUCUCCUCAAGAAGAGACUAUGGUAGCAAAGUUUCUACGAUGGCUGUCGGCUUCAGUGAUUCUUGGAAAGCUUUAUUCUGAAGCUAAUGAUAUGAACCCAACAGUCUUGAGUGAAACAUUGUUAGAAUACUUGAAGAAAAGGAAUCUCGGAGGCAGCAUGAGAAAGUCGGAGCACGUAAUAGGGGAAGCAAUCGUGCAUCUCCAAAAGCUUGUGUGUGCAAACUACGGGGUUCUUCUUCCCUCAGUUGUAUUUGCACUUGCUCUCAUGCUUAUUCACUAUGGCCUCGGUACUGAGUCCGACAAGCUCAUCGCAUCUUUGUGUUGUAGAAUUACUAGUCCUCCAGAGGCUAUUCCGGCCUGGAGAUGGUCAUAUUAUGAGGCGUGGAAGGAUCUUUCGUCGGAAGCAGCCACAGAUCUGGAAAAGAUGGAUCUACUCCAUACGUGCCAACACCUUUUCCUCGUAUUCUCUGAUAUGCUUGGAGAAACGCCUUAG